AUGGCGGCGCAUCUUUUGUUCAAGUUAGGCCAGUUCAGAGAAAACGGAGAAUUCAUUGACGUUCGUCUGAAGGUAAAUAAGUCGAUUUUUCUUGCGCACCGCAAUGUUCUCGCUGCUAAUAGCGACUAUUUCCAUGCAAUGUUCAAACAUGGAAUGAAGGAAUCAAACAAGAAAACGAUCGAGCUCAAAGGUGAAAACCUUUCAGCACUGGGUUUUAAGAUUAUAAUGGAUUUUAUCUACAGUGGAGAGCUCCUUGUUAAGGAGGAAAACGUGUUUGAAGUUCUGGCAACUGCCAACUGUCUUCAAAUGGCAAUUAUUGUUCGACAGUGUUGUGAUUUCUUGGACAAGGAAUACAUUCAAGGUUGCAUGGACAUCCAAACUUAUCUUCAUCUUCUUCAAUUUGCUGAUUUUCAUGGUCUAAAAGACCUUAAAGAAGCUACAUUGUGCAAGAUGGCUUCGGUGUUUAAGGGGGUCUGUGAAAGCGAAGAAUUCUUGUCUAAAAUUGACACUGAUCAGUUCUUAAAUCUUCUCAGCCGAGAUGACCUCAGUGCUCCUUCCGAGACAUUCGUCUUCAAAUCCGUAAUGCAGUGGAUCAAGUACAAGAAGGAAGAGAGGAUUUCUGUCGCAGCGAAAAUUAUCGGAGCAGUUCGUCUGGGGCUGGUCGACACCAAGUGUGUGGUUGAAGAACUAAACACAGAGGAGAUGCAGCGAGUGCCAGGGAUUAAAACGCUUUGUCUUGAGACACUGGUGCAUAGCAAGAUGCCUUCGCCCAGCUCAAAGUUUUCUGUUGAGAAAACAAGGCCACGUUCAACGACCUCGGUAAGCAACUUCAGUGAUUUAUAA